ACGACCGCGUUCCGUUACACACUCGCAACGCCGCGAGCAUCAUUCUAUCUUUGUUGCUCAUUGAAUAUUAAGCAAAGAUAGAAUAACGCUCGCGGCCGUUGGGAGCGUAUAACGGAACGCACCCAACAUUAAACGGACCACGCAUCUUGGAUUUCCAGAUUUGAUCGAAAUAUUCUAAUCUCUUCGAAGUUUUUAUACCGUCAAGUGGACCAUACUACGUGUUUCAAAGAGAGUUAAAAUUACAAAUAGAUUAUUACUCAGAAAAAAUGCAGAGUAUUAAGCUACUCGAUGUCGAUACAAAAAUUAUGUAUACAUUAGAAGUUCCCGAAGAAGAUGCUAAAAGAGCUAGUCAAGAUGUGUCAUAUGCAACACAACUUUUACAAAAUUAUUUGGAAAAGAGCCAUGACAACUUGUCCGAAGAUGAGACUAAGUCAACCAAGUUAAUUAAGUCAUCUAGAAAAUGUGUACCUUCUACAUCUUCAUCUUUAUAUGCUGAUACAUCAGUUAACAAGAAAGAGAGAACUACAGAUACUUCUUCAGAGAAAAAUAACUUUAUGGAUGGUUAUCGUUGGUCACAUGAGGCGAUUCUUGCAUUAUUUGACGUAUAUAAAGAGGAAGAGCAUAUAAUUUCAUCUGGUGCAUCAAUGAAAAAGUUCUGGAACAUAGUUUCUGCUAAAUUAAAUGAAAAAGGUUACUAUGUCAAUGAUUCUCAGUGUAAGAGUAAAAUGGCUGGCUUAACAAAAACUUACAAAAAUAUUAAGGAUUACAAUGGAAAGCAUACCUACAGUUGUCGAAAAUGGCGAUAUAUGGAAAUUAUGGAUGAAAUGUACAAGAAAAAUGCAUGGGCAUCUGCACUUUCAAUAGUAAAAACUAAGGGCGAUUCAACUCGAUCAAAUCGAUCCUUUCGGCCAAUUAAACCCAAAUAUGUUGAUGAGGAUGGUGAAGGUGAUGAGGAUAAUGAGAAUAACGUGGAAAAAGUUGAUUCGUCACCACCUAAAUCUGAAUCAUCAUCUAGACGUAUAAGACAGCUUGAGAGGAUAAUUUCUGUUGUUGAAGAAAAUACUAUUGAGCGCAAGAGGAUGCACAAGGAAGCAAUGAUACGUCAAGAUAAAUUACUUGACAUUCUAGAGAAGAUGUAUAAUAGUAUUAAGGACAGAGAUGAAGCACAGUCGAGCGAGUCAUCCCCAAACAAAAUUCAACUCCCCACCAAGCGUUUGCACAAAUUUUCUACAACGGAGAAACUAAUUAAUGCUAUUGAAGAAAGUAAUUCUAAACGCAGCAGAAUGCAUGAGGACGUAAUGACACGUCAAGACAAAUUACUCAACAUUUUAGAAAAAAUGUUUGAGAAGUAAUAACACAGUACAGUGUUGAUAUUACAUUUAACUCAGAGUUAGUUAAUACUUUAUGUUUUAUCAUAUCUGGAAUCACCAAACAACUUUAAAGUUUGAUUUUUACAUUGGAAUAGUUUGUUGGAAUUCUAUAUGUAUUUAUGUUAUUGAAAACUUUUAUUUACAAAAAAAAUUUUUAUUUUUUAUGGUCUUGACUGGUUUGAACUUGUCAACAUGGCAGUUAAUGUAAACUUGUAGAAAAUAAUAUGUAGUAUAAUAAUCAAAAAGAUUAAUUAUGAA